AUGGGUGCUCAAGGAUCGAAACAAAUCCAAAAGAAGUUUUCACAAAAUGUUACUUCAGAAGUUAAGUCUAGCGCAGCUGAAACAUAUGCUAAAAUUCAAAACCAAAAUACAUUAGAUGAUGCAGCCAUUUCUUCUCAUAAUAUUAUAGCAAGUGCAACUCCUAUUGAAGAAGAUGGUAAAGAUCCUCAGCUACUAAACAAUUUGCAUGAAAUUGGACAAGUUGCUUUGCCAAAAGUUUCUAUACCAUUUAAAAAGUCCGAUGGAAUGCUGGAAAUUCUUAAGCACAGACAAACAGAACUUAAGAACGAAGAUGUAUUACAGAAAAAUAGAAUUUCCGUAAAUCAACUAAAAGAAAUGUUGGAGAAAAGAAAUUCUGCCCCUAAUGAAUGGACACCAGAAAAGUUGGCUUCGCAAUAUAAUUUAGAUAUCCCGACCAUUAAAGAAGUGUAUGAUUAUAAUGGCUUCUGUCUACAAAAUCUCAUUUCUUUGGACGAUUCAUGUGAAGAAGCGAAAACGUGA